AUGCCAGCAAAAACCGCCACUAGCGUGCGGAGGCUAUCCUCCGCCGACGCUAGGAGAAGCGAUCUGUACAGCGUUGAAACCGUCGUCGCUCCUCCCGAAAAAUUGAAGGCACUGUACGACGCAGACGGAACUGCCGCAGGGCUGGAACGAGCCAGGAAAAGCAUCGAUGAAACGGCCUCCGACGGGGACACCCCCGAGGUUGAACAAGCAGACCGAAGUUGUACAGACAAAUUCGCUAUUGCCUUCGAUAUCGAUGGCGUUCUUGUGAAGGGAGGGAAGCCGCUUCCAGCAUCGGUCGGUGCGAUGAAAUACAUCAAUGGGGACAAUCCAUAUAGAGUAAAGAUCCCCUAUAUCUUCGUCACCAAUGGCGGCGGGAAGACGGAAGAAGAACGCUGUAUUGAUCUCAGUCGCCAGCUACAAAUCGAGGUCUCACCUGGACAAUUCAUCUGUGGGCACACACCGAUGCGCGAAAUGGCCGAGGUGUAUCAAACAGUCCUUGUGGUAGGCGGCGAGGGUGAAAAAUGCCGCGUUGUCGCAGAGGACUAUGGUUUCAAAGACGUGGUUACCCCCGGCGAUAUCAUCAAGUCCAAGCAUGACACAACGCCAUUCCGGAAGUUGACAGAGGAGGAGUAUCGCAAUUCCCGCGAGAGGAAUUUCGACGAGUUUACCAUCGAUGCCAUUUUCGUAUUCGCUGACAGCAGAGACUGGGCCGGUGACCAGCAGAUCAUCCUCGAUCUUCUGAUGUCCAAGAAUGGACGCCUAGGAACUCGCUCCGAGACCUUUGACGAGGGUCCGCCUAUUUACUUUUCCCACAAUGACAUUGUCUGGUCCACCUCCCACGAGCACUCGCGCAUUGGAAUGGGCGCACUGCGGACGUCGGUGGAAGCUCUUUACAAGGAACUAACUGGUAAAGAGCUAACUACCGUUGCGUUUGGGAAACCGCAACUCGGGACAUUCGGUUUCGCGACAAGGCUGCUUCGCGAAUGGCGCAAGGAAACAUACGGUAUUGAUGAACCACCAGCCACCGUUUAUUUCGUGGGCGACACGCCCGAGUCCGAUAUCCGGGGCACGAAUGAGUACAACCAGAUCAGUGAUACUGACUGGUUCUCCAUCUUGGUCAAGACGGGCGUCUACCAAGAUGACAAGACGCCGCGAUUUGCUCCCAUGGAGGUUUGUGAGGAUGUCCUGGAGGCUGUGAAGUUUGCUGUUCGUCGUGAGCUGGGCGGGGACUCGUGA